ACUGUUGGAAAAAGUUUAAGACGGGAACUAGAGAGAUCGUGGAAGAGGAAAAACGCUGACCCGCGUUCUUUGUGUGACCCGCGUUCUUUGUGUGUGUGUGUGGUCAUGUUCUAGGAGCCAUAUAUCCAGACCCGAGAAGAUCCUUACUUUGAUGGUCUGCUAAGACUUGAUGAAGUACGUAGCCCCAGAACUUUAUAAUCUAAAUCAGAUAUGGGUGACAAAAUUAGGCACAGAAGACUGGAACAUGAUAUAUCUGGAGAAGUUAUGGAUUCGCCAUUAGAUGAUUCAGUUUCAGGCGUUGUUCAUGAAUUUUUUGCUCAAGAUAUGUCGAAGAGUGGGACAAGGAGCGUAAAAACAGCUCCACUGGAAUUGAAUAGUAUUCAGUCAGACUUGAGCAUUGUUGUUGGUGAUCCAAAUGAUGGAAUAGAAGACUUCAACACCUGCACAACCUCUGAAGCAGCAGAAUCUUGCCGUCCUUUACCUACAGGAGCAAGACCGGCAGUUGAAAAAACCCAUAGUGUUAACAAAAAUGUUGGUUCUGUUGCUUCAACUGUCAUUUAUGCCUUCUACUUGAAUAGAACACUCGAAAAUGAUGAGUUCUUCACUGUUCCUGUCAUCAACAUGAAGUGAGCAGAGUAGAGUUCACAUGCUGAACUAAUAUGGUUGCUUGAUUCAUGUCAAAUAGAUUAGUCAUCCUUAAUCUUUUUUUAAGAAGUAUGUUUUAUUUUACUGUUCACAUUCUUACAUUAGCUUGAUCUCUUUGAAUCUUGUUGAAUUAAUUGUGCCACAAGUA